GGGCGCUUCUCGCGGGUCACCUCGUGAACGUCUCGCCUUCACCAGUCGACCGCGGCAGUCAUCCAGUCUGAGGAAUGGGAAUAUGGCGACUGGUUGUAUUCUCUCCCGCUCGAAGAUUUUCUUAGUGACUGACAUAAAUCGUGUUGUAAGCCUGACAUGUUUGACUGCAUUGAACCUGAAUGGGGUCGUUCAUGAGGGAAGGUCAUGGGUGAGGAGGCCCGUGAGACACUACAGGCAUUUUUGUGUCAGAGCAUAUCACGAUUCUAUCGGCGGGAAUCAAGCUGUCGACAAGGAAAACAAUCUCAUUAUGGAGUACAAAAGGGGUCUUCCGCAGCUCAGGGUUCCUCUCCCAACGACCAAGAAGGAAUGCCUUUUCACCCUGAGGCCGAUAGGAAAUACUGUCGGUGAUUUGAUCGAUAUGAUCAAAAAAGAAGAUAGUGCAGUUGGUUAUUGCCACAUUUCUACAACAAGUGAUAUUCGAAUAGCAUCUUCAAAUUCCAUACAAGAUUUAAUAGUAGAAGAUUUUAAACUUUUAAUCAAUGAGACACAGUUUCAUGUCAAGGCCCCUGAGAAGAAUCCAAAUCUGAAUGAUCUCGAUAAAUUGUCUGAGAUAAAAAUCAUUGUGAACCAGUUGUAUUCUGCACUCAAUGUGAGUGAGCACUUAAUAAAGAAAGAAAAAGAUAUGGUCCAGUGCCUUGAAGAGUUGAAAACACAACUAGAACCUUUGGAAAAAAAGAAGCAAGAGUUAGAUGCAAUGGCAAAAAGGAGAACAAAUACUCUGACAUGGUUCGGCCUUGGUCUAAUGUCCGUACAAUUUGGUAUUUUGGCAAGGCUGACUUGGUGGGAAUAUUCGUGGGAUAUCAUGGAGCCUGUUACCUAUUUUGUUACCUAUGGUACUGCAAUGGCCUGUUACGCAUAUUUUGUACUGACAAAGCAGGAGUAUCAAUUACCUGAUGUAAAAGACAGGCAGCAUUUGAUCGCAGUACACAGGCGUGCGAAUAAAAUCGGCCUUGAUUUGAAAGAAUACAACAAACUCAAAGGACAUAUUGCCCAACUAGAAUCUGACUUAAGUAGAAUCAGAGACCCGCUCAAUCCAUUUGUACCACCUUCACUUCAACCUUCGACCUACAGACCUAUGGAAAAGUCAGAAAUGGAAAACAGGAAGGCAACAUCAUAACUUUAACCAAUGAAGAGUAUUAAAAAAAUUUCUAUCAAGAAUUAAUAAAACAUUACAAUUGUGAUUUGCCGGAUAAUUUUUCUAAUGGUUGAUCUUGUUUGAGUCUCUCCUGCAAACUAAUUUUUAACAAGUCGCAGACCAACUUCUCUAUAAACUGCUCCAUUGAAAAAAAGCUUAAGAACAAAAGAUAGAAUAUCAAGAAAUAUUAACAAGGUUAAUUUGUUGAAUAAAGUCUGAGAAAUGAAUGAG